GUGUGUCCCCAUCCCAGAACACAGCGGGACAACGGGAGAGACCCCCCCUCCCGGUCCCCACCGGACAUUGGUGAUGUUGGAACCGACGCCGACCCCCCCAGAUCCUCCUUCGGGAGGAGCCCCCCAAAUGCCCACUCGCCCCCCCCAACCCCCUGACCAUGAAGAGGGGGGACCCGGGCGACCCCCCCAAGAUGCUGAAGCCACUCAAAUGGAGCUGUCACCCGCUCCCACCAUCACAUCACUGUCCCCGGAGCGAGCGGAGGACUCGGAUGCUCUGACAGCCGUGAGCAGCCAACUGGAGGGAUCCCCCAUGGACACCUCCAGUUUGGCUUCUUGUACCUUGGAAGAGUCAGGGGGGGCCCCCCCUCCUCCAGCAGCCCCCCAAAACCCCCCCGGCACCCCCCAAGGACCCCCCCCGGCUCCCCCUGAUGCUGCUCAGCCUCCUGAUGACAGCUCGCCCCCGGCCUCGUCCUCGGAGAGUUCUUCCACCCGGGAUUCAGCCGUGGCCAUAUCGGGAGCUGAUUCCCGAGGGAUCCUGGAGGAGCCACUGCCAUCCACCAGCAGUGAGGAGGAGGACCCCCUGGCCGGGAUCAGCCUGCCGGAAGGGGUGGAUCCAUCGUUCCUGGCGGCGCUGCCGGAUGACAUCCGCCGGGAAGUGCUGCAGAACCAGCUGGGGAUCCGCCCCCCCGCCCGGGCCCCGCCCACCCCAAGCCCCGCCCCCCCGGUCGUGGCCAAUCCCGGCCUGACCGAGGUCAGCCCCGAGUUCCUGGCGGCGCUGCCCCCUGCCAUACAGGAGGAGGUGCUGGCCCAGCAGCGCGCGGAGCAGCAGCGCCGGGAGCUGGCGCAGGCCACGAGCUCGGACGCUCCCAUGGACCCGGUGACGUUCAUCCAGACGCUGCCGUCGGAGCUGCGGCGCUCGGUGCUGGAGGACAUGGAGGACAGCGUCCUGGCCGUCAUGCCCCCGGACAUCGCCGCCGAGGCCCAGGCCCUGCGCCGCGAGCAGGAGGCCCGCCAGCGCCAGCUCAUGCACGAGAGGCUCUUCGGCCACUCCAGCACCUCCGCGCUCUCCGCCAUCCUGCGCAGCCCCGCCUUCACGAGCCGCCUGAGCGGGAGCCGGGGGGUGCAGUACACGCGCCUGGCGGUGCAGCGCGGGGGCACCUUCCACAUGGGGGGCACCGCCGGGCACAGCAGACCCUCAACCGGCACCGUGGACAACCUCCUCCGCCUGCGCGGCCGCCUGCUCCUGGACCACGAAGCCCUCUCGUGCCUCCUGGUGCUGCUCUUUGUGGACGAGCCCAAGCUCAACACGAGCCGCCUGCACCGCGUCCUGCGCAACCUCUGCUACCACGCAGCCACGCGGGGCUGGGUCGUGCGCAGCCUCCUCUCCAUCCUGCAGCGCAGCAGCGAGAGCGAGCUCUGCCUCGAGGCCCCCCGUGCCCCCCCGGCACCGGAGGAGCGCCCGCGCCGCGCACGGGCCCCCCCAACCACCACCGGUACCGGCACCACCACCACCGGUACCGAACCCCGCGCUCUGGACCUCAUGCACCGCGUGGAAGCGCGCAGCUCCGGGCAGCUCUCCUGGCUUUCCGUCUCCAUGGAUGCGGCUUUGGGAUGCAGGACCAACAUCUUCCAGAUCCAAAGGAUGCCCGGCAGGAAGCACACGGAGAAACACAGUGGGGGGGGGAGUGGGGGGGCCGCCGCCGGCUCUGCCGUUCACAUCCACCCCCAGGCAGCGCCCGUCGUGUGCCGGCACGUGCUGGACACCCUCAUCCAGCUGGCCAAGGUCUUUCCCAGCCACUUCACCCAGCAGCGGGGCCGAGAUCCCAGCACGGAGCCGGAGCGGGAACGCGGCCCCCCCAAAUCCGGUGGCAGCCCCUGCCCCCCCCCCCCCCCUUCCGGCAGCCUUUCCACCGAUUUCUGGGACCUCUUGGUGAAGCUGGAUAACAUGAACGUGAGCCGCAAAGGGAAGAGCUCGGCCAAAACGGGCGCCGGGGGGGGCGGCCCGGAGCCCGAGGCCACGGGGAUGGGCUUGGAAGCGUCUCCCUUAGGGCAGCUCAUGAACAUGCUGUCCCACGGCGUCAUCCGCCGCAGCGCCCUCCUCACCGAGAAGCUGCUCCGGCUCCUGUCCCUCAUCUCCAUCGCUCUGCCCGAAGGUGGGAAAGGGGCGGAGGGGGGGGCAGCAGCACCCCAAAGCGCCCCCGCCCCAACGGGAGCCGCCGCGGCUCCGGGGAGCCCAUCGGGACAGAGCGGGAACGCCGGGAGUGCUGCGGCGGGAGGGGGAGCUGCGGCUGGGGCCUCCUCCAAGAGCUCCAAGUCACCAGCGAAGGGCCCCGAGAGCAGCCCUGACCCCCGCAUGGCGGCCACGGGGCUGACCGAGAGCCAGCUCCAGCUCUCAGUGGAGGUGCUGACGUCCCACUCGUGCUCUGAGGAAGGCCUGGAGGAUGCGGCCAAUGUCCUGCUCCAGCUCUCGCGCGGUGACGCCGGCACCAGGGACACGGUUCUGCGCCUGCUCCUCACCGGUGCCCGGCACCUCGGGGCCACCCUGUGCCGCCAGAUCGGGACGCUGCUGGCUGAGCUAAGGGAGUACAACCUGGAGCAGCAGAGGAGGGUGCAGAGCGAGGCCCCGUCCCCCGAGGGGCUCCCCGAGGAGCAGCCCCCCAGCGCCAAGCUCAAGGGCAAGAUGCAGAGCCGGUUCGACACGGCCGAGAGCGUGGUGAUCGUGGCCUCGCAGAAGCGGGCGCUGGGGGGCCGGGAGCUGCAGCUCCCCUCCAUGUCUGUGCUCACAUCCAAGAGCUCCACGCAGCGCUUCUUCCUCCGCGUGCUGCAGGUCAUCAUCCAGCUGCGCGACGACACGCGCCGCGCGCACAAGAAGGCCAAGCAGGCCGGGCGCCUGGGUGCUGGGGGCCUGGGGGCGGCUGGCAGCAUCCAAGCGGCCGUCCGGCAGCUGGAGGCCGAGGCUGAUGCCAUCAUACAAAUGUCGGAGGCCGGGCCUGCGGAUGCUGCUCCCCGUCGGGAUGAAUCCCCCAUGGAUGUGGAUCAGCCAUCACCAGCCCCCCAGGACAACCCCUCCGUGGGCUCGGAGGGGCCGGAUCGGGAUGAGCGCCCCCCGGAUCUGCCCCUGCUGAGCGAGCAGCUCUGCCUGGAUGAGCUCUGGGAUAUGCUGGGAGAGUGCCUCAAGGAGCUGGAGGAGUCCCAUGACCAGCACGCUGUGCUCGUUCUGCAGCCGGCCGUCGAAGCCUUCUUCCUGGUGCACGCCACGGAGCGGGAGAGCAAGCCCCCGGUGCGGGAUACCCGGGAGAGCCAAUUGGCCCACAUCAAGGACGAGCCCCCCCCGCUGUCCCCCGCCCCCCUGACCCCCGCCACCCCCUCCUCCCUGGACCCCUUCUUCUCCCGCGAGCCCUCCUCCAUGCACAUCUCGGCCAGUUUGCCCCCCGACACCCAGAAGUUCCUGCGCUUCGCUGAGACCCAUAGGACGGUGCUGAACCAGAUCCUGCGUCAAUCCACGACCCACUUGGCCGAUGGCCCCUUCGCCGUCCUGGUCGACUACAUCCGAGUGCUGGACUUCGAUGUGAAGCGCAAGUACUUCCGUCAGGAGCUGGAGCGCUUGGAUGAGGGCCUGCGCAAGGAGGACAUGGCCGUGCACGUGCGGCGCGACCACGUCUUUGAGGACUCCUAUAGGGAGCUGCAUCGGAAGUCCCCCGAGGAGAUGAAGAACAGGCUGUACAUCGUGUUUGAGGGCGAGGAGGGGCAGGAUGCGGGGGGCCUGCUGCGGGAGUGGUACAUGAUCAUCUCGCGGGAGAUGUUCAACCCCAUGUACGCGCUGUUCCGCACGUCGCCGGGGGACAGGGUCACCUACACCAUCAACCCCUCGUCCCACUGCAACCCCAACCACCUGAGCUACUUCAAGUUCGUGGGGCGCAUCGUGGCCAAGGCCGUCUACGACAACCGCCUGCUCGAGUGUUACUUCACCCGCUCCUUCUACAAGCACAUCCUGGGCAAGUCCGUCAGGUACACGGACAUGGAGAGCGAGGAUUACCACUUCUACCAGGGCCUGGUCUAUCUGCUGGAGAACGACGUCUCCACCCUGGGCUACGACCUCACCUUCAGCACCGAGGUGCAGGAGUUUGGGGUGUGCGAGGUGCGGGACCUGAAGCCCAACGGAGCCAACGUCCUGGUGACGGAGGAGAACAAGAAGGAGUACGUGCACCUCGUGUGCCAGAUGCGCAUGACCGGCGCCAUCCGGAAGCAGCUGGCCGCCUUCCUGGAGGGUUUCUAUGAGAUCAUCCCCAAGCGCCUCAUCUCCAUCUUCACGGAGCAGGAGCUGGAGCUCCUCAUCUCGGGGCUCCCCACCAUCGACAUCGACGACCUCAAGGCCAACACCGAGUACCACAAGUACCAGGGCAACUCCAUCCAGAUCCAGUGGUUCUGGCGGGCGCUGCGCUCCUUCGACCAGGCCGACAGAGCCAAGUUCCUGCAGUUCGUGACCGGCACCUCCAAGGUCCCGCUCCAGGGAUUCGCUGCCCUGGAGGGGAUGAACGGGAUCCAGAAGUUCCAGAUCCACCGGGACGACCGCUCCACCGACCGCCUGCCCUCGGCACACACCUGUUUCAACCAGUUGGACCUGCCCGCCUACGAGAGCUAUGAGAAGCUGCGGCACAUGCUGCUGCUGGCCAUCCAGGAGUGCUCCGAGGGCUUCGGCCUGGCCUAGAGGGGGGGGGGCCCCGGGCCCCGCCCC